AUGAAGCUUAUUAGUGCUGUUGUGCUCGCCCUCGUCUCUGUGGCUAUGGCUUAUCCCACCGGCAUCAGCAAUGCUCAACUUGUGAGACGUCAGGACCUUCAGCAUGACGUUGAUCCCAGUGUACCGGCCAUGUCAGAUGCCAGCGGUAACGUCGUGCCAUUCAGCAGCACUUCUGUUUUCAAAGGUGCCGCUGCCAACGGACAAUGA